ACUACUUAAGUCUACAAUCGAUCAGAUUUCUAAUUCCCACAUAUUCCUUUUCAUCACAGCAACCACAUAUCUUGAAUAAUGUUCUACCGAAAUGGACCUUCAGCCUUACUGGGCAUGAGGAUCAAACCCAUGACUUCUGUUUCCAGAGGCUGAGCUCCAACCACUGAUCCAACCUAGUUGGUUUAUAAAAUUUGUAUAAUGAAGGUGAUAUAAAUGGGUAAAUAUGUGUGUUUAAAAGAAAAGAUUGAGUAUUUUUAUUAUUUAGGUUUUUAAUUGGGGAAAUUUGUAAUUUAGAGUGUAAAUUUGAGGAUAUAUGCAAUUCUCCCAUAAAUUAGUAAAAAGGACCGAGGGUCGUGCGUUUUCUAAUUGAUGAGAGUUAUUAUAGAAGCAGAAUGGAUGAAGAUGAUGACGGAAAAAGAGAAGCAGCAAUUUCAUCAGUAAUAGCAGCUGCUUCUUUAAAAUCUAAAUUAUCAAAUGGUCCCUCUUCUUCUUCUGUUACUCAAUCUCGGAUAUCCAAAUUCCAGGAACUACACAAUAGGCGUAUACAAAUUAAAGAAAAAUCCAAGAUUAAAAAAAAGAAAUCUAAAGGGAGAUCAUCCGGGCCGAUCAGAUUACAAGAGAACGCUGAAGAGCGUGCAAGCGAAUGUAAAACAGAUCAAGGUACGAGUACUUCUAUCUCGUUAGAUGAGAAACGGGAUGAUGUUUUGACGAAAAAUGUGGCACCACCAAUAGUUUCAAAAAGACCACAGAAGCUAUAUUGGGGGCUCGAUACCAAAGAAAGAUGGGAAAGGAAAUCUAAUAUGUAGUGAUUACACACUCCAGAAUUCAACACUUAACGCUCAAGAUUGCUACCAACAUUACAAGAAAAGAUGAAAGGCAGAUUAUAAAUCUGUGUGCAUUUUUCCAUAUGUAAACAUCGUAACCUGGGUGGUUUUCGUUACCAGUAUUUUUAGUUUAGCAUGUUACAAGAAUUGUUUCUUCACCA